AUGCUUAUUCUGAUUGCUGGCAUCACGGGUAACGUUGGGAAGCAGGCUGCACGCGCCGGUCUGGAGCGAGGGCAUGAAAUCCGCGGGCUAGGCCGUUCUCCAUCAAAGCUCGAUCCCGCCGUUCUCUCCGGCCUCGAAUCGUUUGUGCAAUCGGAGAAUUACUACGACAUCUCCGCGCUGGAAAAAGCGGUCAAAGGUGUCGAUGCUGUGAUCUGUGCGUAUGGCGGACUUGCAGAGUUAGCGCUUGAAGGGCAGCUCUUGCUCCUGCGCGCUGCAGAGCGGGCUGGAAUCAAGCGCUUCCUAGCUGCAUCUUGGAACUACGACUGGCGCCGCAUUUCAUUGCACGACCAGGAAGUCUACGAUCCAUACAUAGCCUUCCACGCUCAAGCUAGUCUCUCUAGCAGCAUCAAGACUCUGCAUAUUCUGACUGGCAUGCUGGCCGAAGUCUUUUUUGGCUCCCACAAGGAGCGUGGCUUCACCCCUGCUGACGAUGGCGUUUGGGAUCCGGAACCCCAGGGCGCUGAUAGCACUGGCCCAAAUCAAAGGGCGAGAUCAAUGGAUGUUUAUGGAACCGGUAACGAGCCCUGGUCGUGA